GUACUUGGAGAGACAAUUCUUUUCUGAGGUGGUACUUGAUGAAAAAAGUUAGAGAACCACUGAGCUAAAUGAUAAACAGUAUAUGAUCACAUAUAUUUACUUAAAUGUAUACAUUUUAUAAUCAUCCAUUUAACUGAUCGGUUUAAAACUAGUUUAUGGCCAGAUGACUUUCUAGACUUGAAUCAGUAAUGGGACAAAGGCCCCUCAGCAAAUAUUGUGCCCACCAUGAAAAAAAACAAACAACAAACAUAUAAUCAAGUGCGCGCAAACAUACACUGAUUUUAAUUUACGUGUAACUACUUUUCUGACUGAGUUGCACCAAACACCUUGCAGUUUUGCUCAUUCACGACCAUUCAGAAAAGAACGCAGAAAAAAAUGUUUAAAAAAUCAUGCAAUGGGCGUUUCUCGCUGUGCUUGACUGACAGGGCUGCUCUGCAUUCACAAUAGUGCGAGGGCGGGGCAUAUAUUAAAACAAAGGUGUGCCUGAAGUCAAAAUGACCAAAUGAGGUGUCCACCCCGAGACGAAACGGUGACGUCACUGAUCGAAGGCGGGAUCCUAUCGGUAGACUGGCACAUCAUCAUCAUGCAGGAUACAUUGUUGCGGCUGCAAUGAUGUACGAGUAGGAAUAAGGAGAGGCGCUGCAGGAACAGCGAUAGAUUAUUCGGCUUCACACCUAUCAUCACAAACCCAUAAUGUCGGGCGGGGAUCUUCGCGUUCUUCACCAAGAGCCCGGGCAGGAGAGCCCGAGAAUGCCGGCCUGGAAACGCGAGAUCCUUGAGCGGAGGAAGGCGAAGGGCGGCGGGUCCGGAGCAGGUGCCGAGUCCGUCGCAUCUCGACUUAACGGCGAGGUAACGGGCAGCAAAAGCAAGGACGAUGUUGCCAGCACAUCUUCUAGCAGGAACUAUUCCGUUACUGCUGCUAAGCGCUCGACCAAAAGCCCGGAUCUAUCGCCGGUAAAAACAAAAGAGCACUGGCCAUCCGCGGAGCCGAGCGACUUGGAGGAGAGAACGGCAACAGACAACGGAGGAGCACAGGAGAGCCUCGUGCUGCAAGAGAGUUUGGGUCCGCUGCAGGAAAACCCAUUCAUUAAAUUGGAGAAGGAACGCAAGAAGCGUCAGAGCCAAGAGAUCUCCUCGCGACCCGUUCAGCACAUCCUCGAGUUGUACGGUAGCGUUCCCGGGAUACGGACUAUACGCGCUGAAAACAUCAUCAUUAUUGAAUCCGACCCGGAGUACUUUCCGGAAGGAUGUGGCUUGAAGCAUUCAUCGAAACUGCAGCAGAACGGCACGGUGAGCGGAUACAGCUCGCUCAAUGACUUGUUAGAUCGGAGAGGUAGUCCGGUUACGGAGAUACGCGCAAAGGAAGUGGUCAUUUACGACACUGCGCUUAGUAAAAGCGAGGAGAACCUCAGCACGCUGGUUUCCGCCCCGCUGGAGGGGCAGGGGAGGGUGAGUCGCAUGCUACAGAAAUUUGACAGAAAUUAUGGCAAGCUGCAGCCCAGGUCUCGUAGCACUGAAAACCUCCUAGACUUGGAUCCUACCCCUGUCAGGCCAAACUCCAGACCUAAGCCAGAUGUGGUGCCAAAAUGUCCAGUGUCUCCGCAAGCCGGCUGCUCGCACAGCAAGGUCUUCCAAAACAUCCAGUCUUCCUCAAGCAAUCAUCACACCUCUCCAAGUGACUCAGGGAGCAGUACACCUCUUUCUGGAUCCCCUCAGUUAGUGUCUUCCGCACGCAGACGUUUUGAGGGGACUGGGGGACGAAGUGUCACUGUCCAUCCUAAGGAAGACAGUGACAGGUCCCCAUCCAAACCUGUUCGAGAACGGGAUUGGGACAGCACAGAUGGGGCCUCCAAAGCAAAGGUGCCAUGCUCUCCGGAGAGCCACCGUUCCCGUGCCGACUGUACUUCAAGCCCUAUGUCACCUCCCUUGUCACCCAGCUUUGAGAUCCGUCCGUCUCCUCGGCCAGAUCUUUCUCUCCUUCCAGCUGGUGAUCUACAGGCCCGUGCUCUCGCCAACUUGCGUCUACAGUCUCGCAAUUCUUUCACCGUCAUUCCCAAAAGUCGCACAGCCAUCUCUUCACCUGGCAGCACUGCUCCAUCCAGCCCUGUUCUUUCCCCCUCAUCCCCACGACCUUUGGUGGGUGUGGCAGCUUCAGAGCCAACAGUGCCAACCCCUUCACCUGCUUCUUUUACGCCGCCUCCAUCAAAGCUUACAGAAAAGCUGACUGUAGAAGCCAAAGCAGGGUCUCCCCAACAUACCCUACCCGCCAUAACCCCCUCUCCAGUUUCUCAACCCUCAAUUGACUUACCUGUUUCUUUAGACUCUCCUCUGGAGGACCCUCCAGUUGAUAAGCUGCCUAUCACAAACAUUGAUGACAUAGUUGUGGAACCCACACCACCCAUCCUGAGCCCUGCGAUGCAGAGGCGCAAAGGGAAUACAUUUACAGUCGUCCCAAAACGGAGGCCUGAGGCUCAGUCUAGCCCUUCUGAGGCCCCAGAAGUUGUCACCGAAUCUCCAAGCACGCCACAGGCCCCUUAUGCUCAUCUGGGUACCCUGAUUAAAAAGCGUUACCCUGCUGCAGAAGAAAUUGAGGUCAUAGGGGGCUACCUGUCCCUUGGGCGAUCCUGCCUCACAAAGACAGGCUCAACUGGAAAAAAGCUAAAAAUAUCCUUCAACGAGUCCAGUCUGCAAAGUACCUUUGAAUACCCGGCUGAAAGCAGCGAGUGGGACAGCGGAGAGGACGAGGAGGAAGCUGAAGAAAAAGGAGGAGAAGAUGAUGGAGGGAUCAUUACAGGGAGGAUAAGAAUUCCGCGCGCCAGCUACACCAGCUCACCCACUCACUCCAGCAACUCCACGGAUCUGUCCAGUUAUACACCCAAACACUCAGUAGAGUUCAACGCCUGGCAAGAACACAAGCUUGAGUCUACUUCAGAAGAUAAUUCACAGCCUACGGAGGAGGUCAUGCUCACACCCGCUGAUAGCUCCUCUUUAUCAGACUUCAGCAGUGAACCAGCCCUCUACUUCUAAACCUUCCAGAUGUCUGGAAGAAACGGGACCAACCACUGCUUGGUAGCACCAACCUGGAUGCAAAGCAACAUCCUCCAGGACAAUGGGAAUAGUAGCAAGCAGCACUGCAAACAUACAUUCCAUAUAUCUAUGUCUGUACGCCAUCAACGUCAACAGCAGAACUGUCCUGUUGCCACCGAUUCGAUUGUGAUGGACAUUUUUUACCGGCUUAUAUAGCCUUUCCACUCUUGAAUCGCAUACUUCCUCAAUGUAUGUAAUACUCACCUCAUGAAAGUGACCAAAUUUCUAAAAGAGGGAAUGACUGUCCUUACAGUAGGAAGGAAAGCUGAGAGUGUGUUACGGGACUUCAGAACGAGGACAAUAAUUAAAGAGAAAAAACUAAAUAAGUGACUUGUUAAAGUAUGACUGGUGAAAGGGUGCCACAAACCUUGUUCUUUGUGAUGUUUUUUUGUAUGUAUGUGCAUGUGCUGGUCUGUUUUGACAGAAUUCCUUCACUUUAGUAUCAUUUGCUCUGUUUGUAUGUCUGUGUUUUCUUCAUUGUAGACAAAUUUGACCCACAGACCGAUAUACUACACAGCUGAAAUACUAACAACAUGUUAGUGUUGACUUAGUGAUUUUAGAUCUGUUUUUAGGAGCAGCUCUUUAUUAGUCAAUUAGCUUGGUAAUAACAUUCAUUUUGCUCUGAUUUGUUUUUAUUGUAAGAUAAUUAAUUGAUAACUGACAAAACCUGAAUUGCACUUGGUCAUCUUUCAAAUGACUAAUGCAGUCAUCAAUAAAUCUGUGAAGCCAUACCCAGGUUAUGUUUGACCCCUAUAAUAUUAUUACUAAUAAUUAUUAUAAUAUAUUUGGCAUACAUGAUCCCAGUUUGUAGUAACAUGUAUCCAUCUUUUACUUUUAGGGUGAAAUAUGAGCUGGGAAUGUUCUUGACAGGUUGUGUGAGACUUAUGCAGUGACCUAACGUGUUUUAGCCAUUUUAAGCGCGGUGUUACCAACAAACACACCAGUUUGUCCAUAAUCAUGCUUCAGUUUAUAUCCAUAUGUAUUUUAAACCGAAUGUUCUUGCAGUACGAAUGGGUUUUGCUGUCAGCAAAAAUGAUUUGUUUGGGUUUGUGAGUGAGCACGCUCUAUGCUUGAGCUGCCUGUGCGCGCGAAACAUUUGGACUACGUACACACAAUGCCAACUGACUUAAGUGUGUGUAAUCUAUUAAACGGCUCCGGCGUAUCUCCUCCUGUGUCUCCUCAGCCUCUCACACCAGUAUUGAUGUAUAGAUUGUACACUCCAGGAUGUUUUCAUAAUUUAUUUUAUGUAUCUUAUCUGUCUUUUAUUAUUUUUAAUCAAAGGGCAAACAGUAGCAUUGUGGUGCUUCAGGAUCUCUCCUUUUUUUUUAACCAUUUGACAUCAUGUACAAAGUUACAUGUGUGUUGUUAGGACAGCUUACAUCUCAGUCCUAUGCGUUUGUAUUCAUUCAUUUGCACUGUCUUUGUUUUGCUUUAUUUUGCACCUCACGCAGUCACAUUUGACAGCUGGAGAUCUUUCUCUUGGUUGAAAUCACGCCUAAUUGAUUUUACGAAUCUUAUAUCGUUUGGAUGUUGUCAUUUAAAGCUAUUGAGAUCUGUGACCAGCAAAAAAUUGACCAAAAGCACCAGUUGCCUGUUUUCUUUUGAAAACACUGGUUUUCAUUGCACAUUCUGAUUGGAUUGAUUCAAGUUUUGAUAUCUGGCUUGUCUACAUCAGCUGCAUUUGGCCAUCCAGUUUUGAUUGUUAUAACUUAACGCACUAUCAUUUAAAGUUUGGGAUCAGUAAGAUGCUCUUUUAAAUAAUAUAACUGAAGAAAAAAAGAAUGUAUAGUUAUACAGUGCGUGCUAAAUUUAUCAAUAGUUGAUGUGUUUAGUUUUAUUUUGCAAAAUAUAUAUAAAUUUUGUUUUAAUUGUAAAUUAAGUAUUAAGUUUAUACUUAAAAUAUUCUUUCUUUAUUAUUGUUAUUUUUUAAAGCAAUUAAACCAGGGGUCUCAAACUCAAACUGAAUUGCAUUUCAGUGACUGACAAAUUCAUAAGAGGGCCAUUUUAACAUUCAAACACAAGAAGCGGAAAAGACUUCAUUUAGACUUAACUGAUGCGUCUUAGGACAACAGACAUGGCUUUUACAUUUCAAACAUUAGCUGUCACCAGUGAUCCAGUUUAUCGUGUCACAAAUCAGCUGCUGAAAUAUAUCUGCGAUUGUCGUCCGCGCAUUAGAUGCACACUCAUUCUUCCACAGAGUAUAUGCAGUCAAAACUCUAUAUUUUUGUUUCUUGUUGUACAUAUUGAAAGGGUAGUUUAAAUUGUUAUGAAAAUACUACAAAUAAUAGGCAUAAUAAUUAUUCUGUCCCAACCAAUUGUAUUGUCCCAAUAGCGUAGGAACAGCAGAAAGCAGUUUGGAUAACUGAAGUGACUUUACUGGCGAUUGUUCCUCUCAAUAUCUUUCCUUUUUGGUAAAACUACUACAAAGAGAGGAAAAGUAUGUACAUUUUCACACUUACUUUAAAUUCAACCAGCAGUACAAUAUGAAAAAUGUACAUAGUUUAUUUGCAAACCUUAAUAAGCAUGUGAGGAAAACCUAUUAAAUGAGACCAUUUGAAUCGAAUAUUAGCAAAAUUAUCACAUUUGUUACACCAGACAACACCAACAUAACGUGUAAGCCACGAAGAGGUUUUUGUACAACAAAAUACAAGUGGUAUAAAACUGAUAAUAAAUAAACGACCCUUGAAUAUUUACAAAAUUAGAGCUUUAGUGAAAAUAGAGCACUUAUGGAUUACUUAUGCUUUUAUUUAAGUAAAUCCUAUUACAGUACUUUAAAAGUCGACUAGGUGGCAGGUCAAACCACAAGUGGUUAGACACGACUGCACAACAAAUGGAUCAAAAAUAUGUUUUGACAGGCCGAAUCUCAUUAUAUUUUUGACGUUAGUUGCGGACAGGCAGUUUGAGACCCAUCAAUUAAACCAUUUUAUUAAUCCCAAACUUUUAAAGAAGCACGCUGUAAUAGACAGAUGCUUAAAAAAAUCUGAUUUUUAUAGAUUACUUGAUCUUUGAACUGAAGAGAGAAAUGAAAGAAGGCUAUUUCACCAAGUGUUGGAACUCAGACUUCCAUUCUAGUUCAGUAUGUCACUUCAGCAUUCUGCUCACCACUCCAGUCUACAACACAUCCUCCUGAUGUUCUAGCACACAUUAAAUAUUCUUGAGGGAUGUAUAUUAGACAUUUAGAGGGUUGGGAACUAUUCUUUUGUGUCUUACAAAAUGUAAUGCAACUUGAAGUGCUUUCAUUAGUUCCUGUAACUCCAGUCAAGCUGCUCAUUGCUCUAAUGGUUGAUGUACUGUAUGUCGAAGCUUUUGUUUUUCUUAUCAUUUCUGUUUUCGCAUCAAGAGAAUAUUAAAUACACAAACUGUAUUUGAUUAAUUCAGAAGGGGGAAAAAUGUCAAACACAAGGAAAUGUUCAAUAAACAGAUGAAAGAG